UGGGCUCUUACUAUGGGCUCGUUUGGCUUACUUACUUACUAUGGGACUCUGUGUGGCUUCUCUAUGGGCUAACUUCAGUACUUGCUCUAGGGGCUAAUCUUUACUUGUUCUACGUGCUCUAGUGUCUAGUAAGAACCCCCCUAACAACCCCCCUAAGGACUCCUAAAGACUUCUAAAGUCUCCCAAGAACUCCCUAAAGGCCGCCUAUAGAUCACCUAGGCAUGUUUUACGCCGAUCCAUGCUCUCCCUAUGGACAACCCAGACAAUAUUUCUGGGCAGGCAUGGGCAGUUCCAACGGUUAGGUUUCUUUUAAAACAUCCUACCCUCGAAUCUCUGCCUUCUCUAUGGACAACCCAUACUUUUACAAUAUGCAAACGUGUAAAAUGGACAUCACCCUGUGCAUUAUUCUAGAUCCUCUCUACUCUCUCUCCCCACGUGAAAUGUGGCAUAUUAGUCCCUAUACCAUAGCACUAUAUACGGCAUAGUCGCCUUCUCUCGCUGCCUUGUACUUAUCUCUUAACCAUACAGAUAGCCUCGUCAUUGCCUGAAAUGGUCUGGUCACCUUUUUCCCUGCAACAUUACCUUUUAGCCCCCUUUCUCUUUUUCGCCCAUUCCACGCCAGCCCGCUAUUUUCCCUUCAGAAUUUCCUUGGCGUUGCCAUCAGAUCUUUUGUACCAUGUUUCUCUUCUGCCUCAUUUUUUUUCCCUUUCCCUUCUUUUAAUCUACUGUUUUUUUCAAAUAUCAAAACCCUCUAUCUAUGCCAGAUCCACAUAGAUUUCCUAGAAAACUCCAGCACGUGUUGCGCAUUCACAACAUCCCGCCAAGAUGGCCAAGGAUACAGCACCUGGUGAUGUCAUCUCCCCGUCCGCCGAUAGCUCAGACGGUCACAUCGUUCGCCACCGCACCCGUAGCAUCGGGCACCUCUCCACCAACAACGGCCCCGACGGGGCGCGCUCGCUCUCCAGCGACUCCCAGGACGGCGCCGACAGCGACGAUGCCCAGCUCCAGGCGGAGUUCGGGUACAAGCCCGUCCUCAAGCGCGAGUUUGGCUACCUCUCCACCUUCUCCUUCGCCGUGAGCAUCUCGGGCCUCUUCGCGACUACCAUGACUACCUACUCCUACCCGCUGGCGGCUGGCGGCGCCGCGGCGGCGGUGUGGUGCUGGUUGAUCGCGGGGUCCGGGUGCAUGUGUCUCGCCUUCUCCGUCGCGGAGCUGGUCUCGGCGUACCCUACGUCUGGCGGACUGUACUACACGGUGUCGCGCCUGGCGCCGAAGAAGUAUGUGCCGAUCAUAUCGUGGAUCACGGGCUGGAUCAAUCUUCUGGGCCAGAUUGCUGGUGUGGCCAGUUCAGAGUACGGCGCCGCGCAGAUGCUGCUCGCGGCCGUGGCCAUGGGCACGGAUUUCAAGUAUGAGAUUACGCAGAACACGACGGUUGGCGUCAUGGCUGCGUUGACCGUGCUCACGGGGCUGGUUAACUCGCUGUCCACAUACUGGAUUGAGAAGAUGACCAAGGGAUAUGUCAUUUUCCACAUUGCCGUGCUGGUGUCGUGUUGUAUCGCCCUGCUCGUCAAGACGGAGAACAAGAACUCAGCGAGCUUUGUCUUCGCAGAGAUCGAAUCGAGCUCCGGGUGGCAGCCAAAGGGGUUCUCAUUUUUGUUCGGAUUCCUCUCCGUCGCUUGGACCAUGACCGAUUACGACGCCACGGCCCAUAUCACAGAGGAGAUCUCGAACCCAGCCAAGAAAGCGCCCUGGGCCAUCUCUGCCGCCAUGACAUUCACCUACAUCGGCGGCUUCCUCUUCAACAUCGUGCUCGGCUUCUGCAUGGGCCCCUCCUCCGCCGACAUCCUCGGCGCCUACCAGCCCGUCGCCAUGAUCUUCUACAACUCCCUCGGCAAGGCCGGCGGCAUCUUCUACACCGUCUGCGGCUUCAUCAUCAUCAAGUUCGUGUGCUUCACCGCCCUGCAAGCCACGGCCCGCACCUUCUUCGCCUACUCCCGCGACCGCCUCAUCCCCUUCUCCCACGUCUGGACUGAAGUCAGCACCAUCUCCGGCACGCCCCUCACCUCCGUCUGGCUCAGCGUCGUCCUCUGCAUCCUGAUCAACCUCAUCGGACUCGGCUCCUACACCGCCAUCUCGGGCGUCUUCAACGUCUGCGCCAUCUCCCUCGACAUCUCCUACUGCAUCCCCAUCGCGUGUAAGCUGAUCUUCGGACAAUUCAAGCCGGGGCCGUGGCACAUGGGACGAUACUCAAAGUACAUCAAUACGUGGGCCUGCAUCUGGACCGCGUUCGUGAGCGUCAUCUUUGUUCUGCCAACCGCGUACCCCGUUGCGGCUGAUACGAUGAACUACGCCUGCGUCUUCUUGGUCGCUAUCUUUGUCUUCGCGUACUUGUACUGGAUUGUGAGGGGGAAGCAGUUCUAUACGGGACCGGUCGUGGAGGGGUAUGAGGCGCCGCAGGUGGGGAGAGAGGGGGAGGAACGGGAGAGUGGGUUAAGUGGGGAGCUAGCGGGGGAGAAGGUGGCGUAG